AAAUCUAUGUUUGGAGAAGCUGGAUUUGGUGCUGAGAGCAUCACUUGGAAUCCCUAUGCGCGAACGAACGAAGCAUCCAAGAAGCUGUCAAUCGGGCGACAAAAGGGCCAGAUACCACAGUGUUCCAGCUCGAGUGGCACAUACCAAUGUCACCGAACAUCUGACAUUUUCAUGCGCGUGCGCAAGAAAACAACACUCGAGCGCGAUAAAGAAACAUUUUACGACAUUUUGGCGGAGAUGUGGUACACAUGGUAUGACUAUUAUUACUAUUACAAUCACAAUGAUGAACGCGUCAAUCCAAGAGCAGGCACAUCGCCCGAGUAUCGCAAAGACCCCGAACUUCUCCCGAAGUUGUGUGACUGCGAGAUCGGUGUCACUGUACAGCAUUUUCUUUGGCAGAAUCCUGAGGAGACUAUGGCGCGACGCUGCAAACCCAAAAAGUUCGCUAAAGAGUUCGCAACUGGGAUGUGGAUACAGAACGACGGCCCGCAAGACUACAACCUUGAUGAUCUUGUCCAAUUCCAUGGCCCCGAAAGAUCGGAAAAGGUGGAGGGAAUGGAGAAGGUGAAGAUCGCGUUUGGGGAAUUUGACGCCCUUGCAGCCGAAAGUAUGGGUCGUGGUUUUCCCAGGCCAUCUAGGUUGUAUCAGCCCCCCGGAACGUUUGAGGAAAAGGCCUUCUUCACAUUGUAUACGAAUGUGAUCCAUUGGCAACACGGUGCUCGAGUUGGGGAUAAGGUUCAAACGGCAUCGGAUGCUGCACCUGGGGAGUUUCCCCCAAGAGGGUUCAUGUAAGGAGUGUGCAAGCCUUACAGCCAUCCUCCCUUUCAUAAGCAGCAUAUCUAUCAAUCUUACCUUUGUUCCACAGACGGUGCUUGUGAUGCAAUUGAAGACCUGACUAUUGGUCCAUCAGCAUGACAGUCUCGACAGCAAAUAAUCGUCGCCGUCUAAGC